UUGCUAGACAUUUGUGUUAUACACCCACCCAUCCACCCCAGGUUGCUAGAUGUUCAGGUUAUAUGUCCACCCAUCCAUCCCAACCAACCAACCUACUUUCGGUAUUGCCUUAAGUAAAAGGUCCAAUGCAGCCAUUUUUAUCUGUUUUAUGUAACCAUACCAAACGUAACAGUGUCUUGGAUUAACAUGCAGAAUAAUACAAAAUGCUCUGAGACCAGGUUGGCCAGCCAGAAACUGCAAGUUAGAAUGACAUUAAAUAUGACCAUGCAGUAUUUCAUUGUUUGUGCACCAGGGGGCUUCCUGCCACCUGCUUCCUGUUUCCUGCAUCCUGCACAGACAAACACAAGGGAUGAGAGGUGUCCUGUCCUCAUUUUCAAUGGAGCAGAUCCCAGAGGGGCCCUCCUCUCUGGGGGCCAUGAUCCUGGAGCCCAAGGAGCCCCCGGUGGAGCAUCCAUUGCCUGCAGAUGAUGACCUGGACACACCCACCUCCAACACCUCCGUGGUCACCUCCACCAAUGGCAGUUCCACUACAGAGACACAAUACUCAGAGGCAGAGGACCCCAAGGCUGUUAAACUGGGGAAUGACCAGGCAGACACUCCAGGCACUCCAGACACCACCGCCCUUCAGCUUCCCCCAGCCCCGCAGCCUCCCUCGGUUCCCCACAUCCCCUUGGUUUCAGACGACCCAUCUCUGAAGCCCAGUCCUCUAACCAACGGCCAACACUCCUCUGAGUCCCUCACAACCCCUAUCACAACCACUGUUACCACCAACACUCUCCCUCCUCCCUACAACAACACCAACAGUGAGCCCCAGACAGAGAAGCCUGAAGGGCAGAACAGCGCUUACACCCUCCCUGACCCUCCCUUUCCUGGCCUGGGUGGUGGCAUGUGUGCUGGGUAUGGCAGCCUGUCUCGUGGUGGUGUCCACCAGAGCUCCCUCCACACCUACUGGCCUUCCAGGAACUACCAGCCCCAGCCUGGGGGUCACUACACCCUGCCCCUCCCCAGGGACAUCUACGGCCAGGUGGGCCUGACCAACCAAACCGAGAGGGAAGGACCAGGGGAUGACACCCUGGGUGGAAUUCACCAGCUCCGACCCAUCACUACCAUGGAGCUCCUGAGGGAACCUUCCAGAACCAGAGGUGGAUACGAGGAGGCUCUCAUGUCCCAGGUGGAUGGGGAUCCCAUCUCCUUCUUCCAGGCCAUGUCCAGGGCCCAGAUGCUACAGUUCCCCCACAAGCGCAGUAGCAUGGUCAGCCUGGACAGCAUCCGUAAGGACCCACGCUGGAGGGAUCCCAACCUGAGUGAGGUCAUCACCAUGCUCAGCCACCCCAUGGACCCGGUCAAGUCCAACGCCGCCGCCUACUUGCAGCACCUGUGCUACGAGAACGACCGCAUAAAGCAGGACGUCAGGCAGCUGAAGGGGGUUCCAGUACUGGUGGGCCUCCUGGACCACCCUAAAGCCGAAGUUCACCGCAAGGCCUGUGGAGCCCUGAGGAACAUCUCCUACGGGAAAGACCACCACAACAAGGUGGCCAUCAAGAACUGUGACGGCAUCCCGGCCCUGGUCAGACUGCUGAGGAAGUCCAGUAACAUGGAGGUCACAGAGUUGGUCACAGGAACCCUGUGGAAUCUGUCCUCCCAUGAGCCUCUGAAGAUGAUGGUCAUCAAUCACGGGCUCCAGACGCUGACUGAUGAGGUCAUCAUCCCCCACUCUGGCUGGAGGAGAGACCUCACUGAGCACUCAAGACCCCAGGAGACAGAGUGGACAACCGUGUUCAAGAACACCUCAGGGUGUCUCAGGAAUGUGAGCUCAGAUGGGGCAGAGGCUCGCCAGAGGCUGAGGGAGUGUGAGGGGCUGGUGGACGCUCUCCUCCAUGCCCUACAGUCAGCGGUUGCCAACAAGGAGACAGACAAUAAGUCAGUAGAGAACUGCGUCUGUAUCCUGAGAAACCUCUCCUACCACGUCCACAAAGAGGUGCCAGGAGCGGAGCGAUUUCAGGAACCCGUAGCCAAUCAGGUGCCACGGUCAGGAUCAGGAGGGAAGAAGAAGAAUGAGGCAGACUGUUUUGGAGGGAAAAAGCCCAAGGAGGAGUGGUUCAAUCAAAGCUGGAGAAACGGACCAGGUGACAAAAAAUAUGGUACACUGGAUUUACCUAAACGCACACAACCAACGAAAGGUCUGGAGAUGCUGUACCAGCCAGAGGUGGUGAGGCUGUACCUGUCUCUCCUCACUCGCAGUCAAAACCACAACACCCUGGAGGCAGCAGCCGGAGCUCUGCAGAACCUUGCUGCAGGUCACUGGGCUUGGUCCAGUUACAUCCGGGCCACAGUUAGAAAGGAGAAAGGUCUGCCUGUCCUGGUGGAGCUACUGCGUUCAGAUGGUGAUAAAGUGGUCCGGGCUGUAGCUAUUGCUCUACGCAACCUGGCCAUAGAUCGACGGAACAAAGACCUCAUAGGAAGCUAUGCCAUGAGGGACCUGGUCAGUAACCUGCCCAGUGGUCAGCAGCGACCAGCCAAGAACCUGGAAGGGGACACAGUGGUGGCCAUUCUGAACACUAUCCAUGAGAUCAUCUCAGACAGCCCUGAGAAUGCCCGUGGUCUCAUACAGGGUCACGGCAUCCAGAAACUGGUGGCCAUCAACAAGACAAGCCAAUCUGUGCGGGAGACCAAAGCAGCAUCUCAUGUCCUGCAGACAGUGUGGGCCUACAAGGACCUGAGAAAUAGCCUUUACAAGGGAGGCUGGAACAAGAGCCACUUUAAGUCAACCACUUGUGGAAUACCCAAAAAAACUAAGAGCGGAAAGGCAGCCUAUGAUGACAUCACACUCCCUCUGAUGGAGAAAAACCAAGAUGGAUACUCCACCGUGGAGCUGAGUGACAGAGUGGGUGAUGGGUUACUCCAGAGUAUCCCAGAGAGGAAGCACUUCAUCCGGGCUGGAAGGCCUGCAGUGGGUCUGGUGGAACGCAAACCUCCACCCCUCGAUUCCUGGGUCUGAGGAGACGUGGCAGUAAAAGAGCAAGUGGAACAUCAACAUUUGUGGAGGUCAUUGUGGUGUUUAUUCUUUAGACGGACUUUCUGUAGGUCAAUUCACCAUUCAGGACAACAUGGUUAUUCUCCCGCCAGAAAAUCAGAAUGGAGUGAAUAUAGGAUCUUACAUUUACAUGUUCAAAGUGUUAUUCAAACUCUGGCUGCAGUUGAACAUAACCUCUACUAUAUUUUAUACAUACUGGACAGUGGGAUGAGUGGAGUGACACAGCUGAAUGUAGUGCAGGAUGAAAAACACACUAUGAAAUUAGGAUUUGUCAAAAAAAAAAAAAAAUCUUGACCUGCCUUUUCCUCCAGUAUUUCCAUACUGUGUUGUUUCACUUCUGCAAAUUGUCCAUUACUUUCAUGUGAGAGACAAGUUGGAAAUGGGAUUGUAAAUGUGUAAUAAAAGAUUCAUAUUCUAAAUGAAGGCAUUUAUAUUGUAAUAUUCAUGUUAUUUAUUAACAGUUGUGAACGUUAUCUUGUAACCAAAAAUGGAAUGGAUACGUUAACAUUAUACACUACCAAGUAAUAGUGCCAUUUUAUCAGGAGCUGACAUGAUGAAUUUGCUAUAUGCACAUGAUGAAUUUGCUAUAUGCAGUGUUUGUUCUUGCAUCGCGAUGUUGAACUGAAAAUGUAAGCAAAUAAAAUCCAUAAUUUCUCAA